UGUUGUUGUUGUUGAUUGUUUGUUGCAUUACAAGCCUCUUCUUUUCAAUAAUUUCACCUUCUUUGUUCGUUCUUUCUUUCUUCCAUCCGACCCACAUAUAUCUUUCUUUUCCCUUCGAAUUCACGUUUUGCUGCUUUUUAUUUUCUCUCUCCUCCUCUUCCUUCCUCUUCUCUUGCAUUCAAUUCAUUGCCAUUACAUUAAUUAAUUUAUUUAAUUAUUAAUACACAUCAAUCAAACCCCUCCAAUAUAAUCAUCAAUAUUAUUCUUAUUAAUUUAAACCAUUAUUUUCUCCAAUUUCUUCAUCUUCUUCCCCUUCUUCCUCUUUAAUUUUCUCUCUCCUCUGCAAAUUUCUAGAGGGAGGGGGAGAGAGAAAAAUGGGAGCUUGUGUAUCAACCCCAAAAGGGUGUGUUGGUAAAAGAUCAAAGAGGUCAAACAAGAAGACCCAUCAUAAUGCUAGUACUGCUACUACUUCCACUGCUACUAUCAAUCGCAAAAGGAAGAAAUCUGCAAUUAAGAAACGCGCUUCUUCUCGCUUGUCUGAUCGUUCUGUCGAUGGAAUUAACAAUACUUCUUUCCCAGAUCGAUCUUUUAAUAAUCCCACCUACCAAGGCAGUAGUGUUGAGGAGGCAUGGUAUGAUUCAAACAUGAUUUUUGAGUCUGAUGGUGAAGAAGAUUUCCAAAGCGUUCCAGAAGAUGCAAUAUCUCAAAAUGGUUUAUCAGUGGGUAGAAAUUCGCAUGAAGUACACUCUGCUCGGAAUUCUGUGAGUGAUCUUGGUAGAAGCUCAAUGGAAAGAAAGCAUCCAGUAUACCUCGACGAAAUAUCCUCUUCCGUGGAUGAAAGCACAAGCAAGGACGAGAAAGUUUACGAUAGUAGUUGUGGAAUUCUUCCUAAUCAUUGUUUGCCUUGCCUUAAUACAACUACAGUGUCUUCUAUUGAGAAGAGAAAUUCACUCAGCUCUAGUCCCCAAAGUGCGAGGAAGAAGGCGGCCCAUAGACUUUCCUUCAAAUGGAGGGAUGGACCCCAGAAUGCAAGAUAUUCGUCAAAGAUACUCCUGCAAAAACCAUUAGCAGGGUCUCAAGUGCCUUUUAGUCGAAUAGAAAAGAAAGUUAUGGAUAGUUGGUCACAUAUUGAGCCAAAUUCCUUUAGAGUUCGUGGCCAGAAUUACUUAAGGGAUAAAAAGAAGGAUUUCGCUCCAAGUUAUGCUGCAUAUUAUCCUAUUGGUGUUGAUUUAUUCUUGUCCCCUCGAAAAAUUGAGCACGUGGCUCGUUUCGUGGAACUUCCUGCAGUAAAUUCUUCAGCGGGUUUCCCACCCCUCCUCAUUGUAAAUGCCCAGGUGCCGUUAUAUCCUCCUGCGUUUUUUCAGAAUGAAAUUGAUGGCGAAGGAAUUAAUAUAGUGAUGUAUUUCAAGAUAAAUGAAAGUUUUUCAAAGGAAGUACCGGCCAACUUUCAAGAAAGUAUGAGGAGAUUGAUGGAUGAUGAAGUAGAAAAGGUAAAAGGUUUUCCCAUGGACACAAUCGCACCCUUCAGGGAGCGGUUAAAAAUUUUGGGUCGUCUUGGCAACGUGGACGACCUUCAUUUAAGUGCAGCAGAGAAAAAGCUUAUCAAUGCCUACAAUGAAAAGCCUGUCCUUUCUCGCCCUCAACACGAGUUCUUUUCGGGAGAAAAUUACUUUGAGAUCGAUUUGGAUAUGCACAGAUUUAGUUAUAUUUCAAGGAAAGGCUUUGAGGCAUUCUUAGACAGAUUAAAGAUGUGCAUUCUGGAUUUUGGACUCACCAUACAGGGGAAUAAAGCCGAGGACUUACCUGAGCAAAUACUAUGUUGUGUACGGUUAAACGGACUCGAUUACAUGAACUACCAGCAAUUAGGGAUGAAUCAAGAGUCCUUAUAGAAUUGAUUCAUGCUGGAAUACUGUAAGAUUAAUUUAUGUGAAAUAAAAAAAAGAAAGGAGUCUAAUUUUGCAGAAGCAUAUGUUAUACUACCUCUGUAUGAAUGUGUAUAGUUCUUAAAAGAAAUUCAUCACAGCUCCCAUGAUGGAGGAGCUGAAGUUUUUACUCUGA